UACAUUCAUAAAGUGUCUAAACAACAACAACAAAAAAAUGCAUCAUAAAUCUCAGCGAUUGUUAUAGUGUUUGUAAAUGUUUUGUUAUAGUUUGAUUUUACUCUUGUGUUAAUAACUAAAUAAUUAAAAUUAGGUGUAACGCAAAGACCGAUUGCCAAACGCAAUAAAAACAAAGUUUUUCAAAAUUGUUAAGCUGAAACUUGGAGAUAUCUAUAAUGAAGCAGAAAAUUCUACUAAUUCGAUGCAUCAGUGGUGACUCAAUUUCAAACGAUGAAAUAGAAAUGGCCGAGAUCCCGCUAAAUACAGAAGCAAAAAAUGAGUUUUCGCAAAGUUGUCUGAAAGAGAUGGAUGUUGAUGACUUUCUUACAAAUAUUGGCGAGUUUGGAAAAAGUCAAAAACUAACUUUGUUUUUUUUAAGUUUGCUGAUGAUUCCAGCUUCUUACCAAUCACUUUUGAUAACAUUUAUUGGAAUUAAUCCGUCGUGGAUAUGCACAAAUAAGACCAUUGAAUGCAAUUUAACUGGCGUUAUUUCAGUAAAUCAUAGAUUGUAUAAUAAAAGGUGCUCUAUGAAAAGAGAAUCGUGGAGAUAUGAGAAAGAAAUUGAAUUUUCUAUUAUUAGCGAAUGGGAUUUAAUUUGUGACAAAUUAACACAUACCUACAUGGUCAACAGUGGAGCACAUAUUGGAGGUGGAAUUGGCACAAUAUUUGUGGGUUUUUUAUCAGAUAGAUACGGACGAAAACGCACACUGUUUCCAACAUUUUUGGUACUGAUAGGGGUAUCUUUUGCUUCAGCCUUUGUCCGAGAAUUUUGGACUUUUUUUGUUUUGCGUAUACUGACUGGUUUUUUGCAAGGAGGUUUGUACUUAUCAUUAUGGAUUUUAAUGACAGAGUUACUUGGCCCAUCCUCACGUAGUUAUUCAAAUCUUGUUUGGUGUUCAUAUACGAUUGCAAUGUGCUUAAUGGCUUUACAAUCUUGGUUAGUGUGGCAGUGGCGCAUACUAGUUAUUAUAUUAACAGCACCGUAUUUGAUAUUUUUGCUAACAUAUAGUUUUAUUACUGAAUCAGUAAGAUGGCUUCGUGUAAAGGGGGAUAUCGUAACGGCAGAGAAAAUACUUCGUCAAAUUGCAAAAUGUAACCAGAAACCAUGGCCAAACGCAAAAUUGAAACCAAUAACUGAUCAACAAAAAGAAGUAAAGGCAUCUUAUAAAGAUAUAUUUUAUCCAUUUAACGUUUUCUUAUCAACCUUUGUUCAAGCUGCAAUUUGGUUUUCUAACGGAAGUGCAUAUUAUGGCAUUUCUUUGGCUUCAGAGCAUCUUAGUGAUAACAUCUACAGAGAUUUUUUUUUAAUAAGCAUUGUUGAUAUUCCGUCCAACAUAAUAAUAAUUUGGCUAUGCAACAGAUUUGGUAGAAAAUGGACAACUGUUUUGUCAACAAUUAUAGGGGGUUUGUUUGUCGUGAUGUUAUCAUUUAUCCCAUCGCAUUCAGGUUAUGUUGGUAUUCGUGUGACAGUAGCAGUUAUUGCAAAAUUUUGUGUUAACCUAUCUUAUGGUGCUGUUUAUAUUUGGUCAACUGAACUAUUUCCAACUUCUAUACGGUCUCAAGGCUUAGGAGUUUGUGCAUGGGCUGCUAUCUUAGGAGCUGCAGCAGCACCAUGGUUCAGCCAAUACCUGGGUUACGUACAUAGAUCACUUCCAUUUUGUGUGAUGGGUAGCAUACUUAUUAUUUCUGGGAUAUUUUGUUGUGUGUUAAAAGAAACAAAUGGAAAAUCAACAGCAGAAACACUUUCCGAUAGAAACAGAAACAUUGUUGUAGAUGACACUAUAACGGAUGCAGAAUUGGAUUAUGAACUCAUCGCGAAAAAUGUUGAAAGUAAAAAGAUAAUUUUAUAGGCAUAAUUGUUCUUUGCGUGAUAUAUAAACAAUAAACUUACUUCAAAUUUAAACAUAACUAAAUACAGAUGUAAGCACACAAACCUGAAGAUAAUAUAAUACAAAACUUUUUAAA